AUGAGCUUGCUACUUCAUAAAUACAAUAUUUGCCGUAAAAUUGACAAUUAUUUGAGGCGAGAAAUAAAAUUAUUUUACAUUUUCGAUGACAUCCGCGGAAAUAACAUACUAUUUGUGACGUCCGACGACUCGGUGUACGCGUUGGGCAGCAAUAGGUGGGCUCAGCUCGGGUUGGGACACAACGAACCCAUUGAAGCACCGGUACUAAUACCGGAGUUGUGCCAUCAAAAUAUACAUUAUUCUGGUUGGCUGGCAACAAAUGGGGAGAAUUAG